AAAAUGUGAGAAGAGAAAGCGGAGUACACAUGGAUAGGGAACGUGGAAAUACCGGUGUUGGUUUUCAAAACAAAGAGGAAAAUGACGUAAAUAACGAACGGAAUGUAACCUAAUGAAAGGAUAUUUUACGUGGAGUGAAAAUGCCUGGAAUAGUGGUGUUCCGACGCAGAUGGUCGUUCGGAUCCGACGACUUGGUGGUGCCCUCGAUAUUCCUGCUCACCAUCCAUUUGACUUGGACUGUAAUCUUGGGUGUGAUAACUGGGAACUAUGAUUUUGAUCUAUAUAAGGAAUGCAGUGUAGGCCUGGUGAACCUGAAGUACUAUCUCAUUGGAUACCUGAGCAUGCUUGCAGGCAACAUUAUGGUGGAAGGUCUGAUAUUCUUUGUGAGCAUGAGAGGUACCAUUCUCAACCCCUCUCCCAGGCUGUGCAUGCAGUACCUCCUAUACUUCAGACUUGCUAUCCUACUGGUGGAGCUUGCCUGGCAGAUCCUGGGUGUGAUUUGGAUGAUCCAACACUACCAUACAUGUGGCCCUGUAGUUCCAAUGAAGGCUGCAUUAGGGCUAAUCGUGUGUAAUUGGGUGAUUAUGCUGACGGUGUUCGUGUCCCUCUGGUGUACGUAUGACAUAGCGGGCAGGAAAUGGGUCAAGAUGAAACGCUACCAGGAAAGCAUGAAGGAAAAGUCCCAUAGAAAUAAGCGUAAUAGUGGACGAAGAAAUUGGAGACAUCGGAAAGCUAUCCGGGCCUAUGAGGAGAGUUGGGAUAGGAGAUUCCGGUUUCUCUGCUGUUGUGUGGAGAGGGAUGCCACCAACAGGAAUUCAAUAGCAGAGGUAGCCAAAUUGUUCACAGAGUUUUUUCGCGAUCUAGACGUGGUACCAUCAGAUGUCAUUGCAGGAUUUGUUCUGCUUCGUCGCCAUCAAAAGCUUCAAAUGCACCAUGUAGUCACAGAGGGCAGUAAUGAUGUUUAUCAGUACCUAUCGGGGCGUGCAAUCACCCCACAGACCGAGUUCCUACAGCUGGGCCAACCGGAGGUUAUGGAAGAGUACAAACUGGUAGUUCAUUACAUGCGUUUUGCCCUGGCUGCCUAUGGAUGGCCUGCAUUCAUGAUGAUGAACACGGGGACAGGUCUCUGUAAAAUGCUUCCAAGUCUUCGGUGCUGCUGCUGCCAUGCCUGUGGGGCGUCCUUCAGUAAGGAUGCUGACCUGAUUGACGAUAACUGUUGCCACUGUAACUUUGUGGCACUGCUGAAGCUGAGUGGCCUGAAAGAAACCGACAUUGCUUAUGUCACCUACCAUGUAGAGAUCGGGGAGACGCCUUUCUACGUGGCUUUGGACCAUGGACACAAGAAGGUUGUCAUCUGUGUGAGAGGGACCCUGUCACUUCAGGAUGUGCUGACAGAUCUGAAGGCUGAUGCAGAGACACUCCCACUAAAUCCUGUUAAGGAAGAAUGGGUCGGACAUAAGGGAAUGGUUCAAGCUGCAGUGUACAUUCAGAAGAAACUGAAGGAUGAUCGUAUCUUGGCAAAAGCUUUUGGGAUGGAUCUAGACAGGGGAACACAGAAAUAUGACCUAGUGUUGGUAGGUCACUCCCUGGGAGCUGGUACGGCAUCCAUACUCGCCAUACUACUGAGACAGGAGUACCCUACUCUCCACUGCUAUGCUUUCUCUCCUCCUGGAGGACUGCUCAGUGAUGUGUGUGUUGAAGAAACCAAGUCCUUCAUAACAUCUGUGGUGGUAGGGAAGGAUGUUGUUCCAAGAAUUGGUCUGUCCCAGUUGGAGGUUUUAAGAACGGAUUUAAUUAAUGUGAUAAAAAAUAGUACACAGCCCAAGUGGAAGAUUAUAGCGAAAGGAUUAUGUUGCGGGACGGGGGAGACUGAAAACCUGAGUACAGCUGAAGUACAGCUGGAGAUAGAGCGAGACAACACUGCCCAUCCACUCGACUCCCAGAUAGGUCUAUCUACACACCACCCCCUAUACCCACCUGGCAAGAUUAUCCAUGUGGUCAGAAGUCACCCUCGAGGGAAAAAGAAACGUCUGUGUGGAUCUGGGGAGCCUGUGUUCCAAGCUGUUUGGGCACACAACACCAGCUUCGAUGAAGUUCUCGUCUCCCCUACCAUGAUCAAUGACCACAUGCCAGACAAUGUUAUGGAUGCCUUGGAGAAGGUUUUGGUAAAUGUGGCACCUCCAAAACCAAAUCGGACGUUAACUGAGGCUGAAAGAAAGGCCUUUCUUCAAAAGCGCUCGCCUUCAGUAGAAUCUGAGAAUUCUAACCACAAACUGAUUGUACAGGAGGACUUUACGAUUGGUAAAACAGCACCUAUGUGUAACCAGUUACCAUUAUACAAACCAAAGCAUCAGCCCUUACCGCCUCUCUUCUCCUGGGAUCAUGCAGCAGAGGAACACCGGUUCCUAUUGGAUAAGGAUUUCCUGUAUCCAGGCGAUCCCGGAAAAGUGGAACUGUAUCUAGAUCUGGGAACAGACCCCAUCACUGCACCACUGGCCAGUCCAGAGACUUUAUCGGAGAUAUCUAGUGUCGGAAGUGCUUUGAGUCGAAUUGGCAGCUUGAACAAAGAUAACAAACGACGCUCCAUCAUAAUUCCUCAGGUUCUGGAGACUAUCCAGCAAUCGCCAGUGAGUAAAAACAAGGUGGGAGAUUUCCCUCCUGUGACAGAACCUAAACAUCUCAACGGCCAGGUGAACAAAACGCCUCAGAUUGGGAAUUGUAUACAUAUAAAAACUGAUGUAGUUAUUGAAAGUCCUCCCAAAAUUCGCCAUGAGGCCGAUAAAACUACAAAAAGUGUGAAUGAUUCGCUUGUGCCAUUGCUUUGUGAUAGUACAGACCAAGAUAAUUGUGAUAUCGUUGGCAACGGUUCCCCUGAGUUCCAGGACAAGGUCUACAACCGACAUUCCCCAGUUGACGGUAACCAGUAUGAGUAUGGUAAUCCGAAUUUGCAUUACUCUGCUGGAGGGAUAGGUUACCCCCACGGGACUGGUGCGUACCAUCCUCCCACCUGUAACGUUAACACAGACGAUGUGUGUACCGAGUGCAUAAAACAUUCCCUGUCAGAUAUGCAUUCACCUCAAGAGGAAGAUUCUAUCAUCAAGUGCUCCCAGUCGGAAUCUCAGUUACUACAUAUGUCCGCGAGAUUCGUCAUGAAACGCUCCACGGAGCAGAGAGACAUUGCUCACCUACAAGACAGCAUGGAAGUGUUUCAAGGUGAUGCUAAUUUGCCAGAGUCACAACAAACUGUACACAGAUCUCGUUUGCUUCUGAAAGGAGCAAAUCCAAUCUUGUCGGAAGGAACACAAGCAAGUACUAAUUCUCUCGAGGAUGACUCGGACCGGCGCCUGUCUUCAUCACACUCAGAUGAAGUCUUUGAUUUACCAUUAGAGGAAACUGAUGUAUGAUAUUUUUUGGUGCUAUAUAUUGAUUUUGCAUCUCAUUAUAGAUGUUAUGAUUAUGAGUAGAAGAUUAAUUUUGGGAAAAAGUGUUUGUUUUUUUCUCCAGGUAUUUUGCAGUUAAAUCAUGGAUUUUAUAUGUGUUACUUUUAAUUAUAAAUUUUCGUUUUUUAAGAGCUGCAUAUCACAAUUUCAUUUAUGGAUCUCGUGUAGCAGUUUUGCCCCUGCCCCAUAUUUGUUACCUCAAGUUUAUUUUUUGUUAAGUUUAGAAUAUGUGUAUAGAAUAAAUUAGCAUUUCCAGCUUGAUGUACAAUAUAGGUAUGUUUGAUAUAUACAUGUCAGAAAUGAACACAUCUUAAAGACGAAAUAUUUUUUCUAAUUUUUUUUCUCUGACGUAUUUAACUGCUUUUAUGGUAGUUAUACAGUAAUAUUUUAUCGGGGUAUUGCCCAGAUUGAAGUUUCAGUUGACCUGCAACUGUUAUCUGGAAAUAAUAACAAAAUUACAAUCAUAUAAAUUUAUUUGAUACAAAAGCUAUGUCAGAAGUUACGAAAUAUUGAAAACAAUCCAUUGUUUUUAUAUACAAUAUCAUUGAGUUACCCAACAAAACAUAUGAACGCUGUACAGUACUGAUUUAUGUAUAAAGAGAGCUACACAAAUUAUAAAGUAACAAAGUUUAGUUCAGAAUACCUUGUAUAUGUUUUGGUUUUCUACCUUUUAAACGUAUUAAUUAAACUUUCAUCAAGAUAUUAGUACAUUUUAUGUAUAUUUAU